CGCCUACAUAUUUUUAAAAUCGAACUAAUUUUGACGUAAUUGACAUUUCCAAAACAACAACUGUCAAUAGUGUCAAAUUAAUGUAAAUCCUAAAUGCAGGUGGUGCGUUUAUCGUCAACACGGCCGUUUUUCUCCGAUUUUCCGCUUUUCCCUCGGCGAAAAUCCACCGACCAACCAGACCUCGUCGUUGGUAUGCUACGCUCGUGCUAGGAUCGCCGGGUAAAAAUGAAGAGGAACAUCUGCGUGGUGGCCGGUUGCCCUUCGACGGACGGCUCCGGCGAUUCGGUCAAGUUCCACCAGAUACCCAGAGAGGCGGAGGCGCGCAGGCGAUGGCUCAAAGCGAUCAACCGCACCGAGCAGGAGAUCACCAAGAGGUCGAAGGUUUGCUCGAAGCAUUUCAAGAAGCACGAUUACGGCGUGGCUCGGUUCAAUUACGCUGGCAAGAGCGCCCCUUCUGGAAGUGAAUACUUGGCUUUGAAGGAAGAGGCCGUUCCUAAUCAAAACUUGCCCCAAAAGUCCACCUUCAAAAUCAAAAUAAGCAAAAAGGAUUCCGUCAAACAGAUUAAGGUGGAGGAAGUUAAAGUUAAGGAGGAAAAAUUGGAUAAAUCGGAGAAGUACGAAAAGUUGAAAUUGCACAAACGACUGGCUAUCGACAUGAGUCCGCCGAGGCCGAGAACUCAAUCGAGAAGGGCGGCGAGCAAAGAGGCCCUCAAGCAAAUGCAGCUACUGUUAGACGACGAGAACGAUACAGUCGAAAUACCGGACGACGAUGUCGUCGCGCUGGACCCGUCGCCGCCUCCUAAGAAAAAAUACAAAUUGAGCCACAGAAAAUCGUCGGAUGGCAACGAUCGCGACGUGAUCGUAUUGAAAACCAUAACGAAUCGCGAUGCCGAAAAUACGCUCGAACUGGACUGUUGGGUGGAACCGCUCGACGAGAUCCAACAACAUCGCAUCGACACCUAUCGAAACGAAGAGAAAGAACUCGAAGAGAAACUGGAGAAACUCAUCGACGAAUGCAACGGGACAGUCGUACACAAAGGCGAUUCGAACACUAUCAUCGAAGUCGACGAGGAACUCGACAGCCCCCUACAAGGCGCUCAACAGAGCUAUCAAUUAGUGGUCGAUCCUUCGGUGAGCGUCGUAGUGGCGAGCAAUCAACAGAAAGCUUAUCCGGCGAAAGUGCAGGUGGCGCAGAAUCUCGCCCAAUCGGGCCCUUCGACCGGCAGCGCCACAUCUAGAACGGUGAUUAGAACGCGUACUAAAGCUACUAGCGUAUCGAACGCUAGAGGUACCACCCCGGUGUUGGCCGGUCGGGUACAAACGGCUCCGCAGGCGAAAGUCGGCGUCCCGACGCCGGGUAGACAGGCGUCGAAUGUUACAGCGCCGACUCGCGUGCAAACUAAGAAACUGGUGACGGUUCCCAUCGCGGCGAAUACGCGCGGGAAAGGGCCACUUUCGAAUACGUUCACCACAACGGUGCGACCGGACGAAACGAACGUCCAAGGCGGCUUGGCGACCGACGGUAAACGAGUGGUGGUCGAUUUGACGAACGACGACGGCAACAAAACCGCUCCGGACAGUCGAGAGAUAUCGUUUAAUAAACUACAAGGGAAAACGUACCCGUCGUUGGUCGUAGUGGCUCGACCGCAUCUCCGUGUGGCCGAUCUCGCCCAACAACGACCCCAAUUGGACGCCAAAGUGAAAUCGGUACUGAUGCACGCCCCUAAUAAAUUCACCGAAUGGUUGAUUCAACAAGGUCUCGUCCGAUCGGAGCAAAAGUGCUCGUUGCAUUGCGGCACGCCGUUAAAAUUGGGCAUGUACAGCGACGUAUCGAAGUUCCCUUAUUCAGGGGGUUACGUGUGGAUAUCGUUGUGUUGCCCCCAACGAUUCGUAUCGGUGUUUAGCGGCUCGUUGUUCGAAGGUUCCCCCCAUCCGCCCAUGGUCGUGUUGAAGUUGCUCUACCAUUGGGCCUGUCAAACGAACAUCCAGAACGUCACGCAAUGGGUUAAAGUCGACAAUCUUUAUGUUAAAGGGAUGUUUACGUGGCUGCGUGCCGUUUGUACGGUGGCCCUGCACGCGCACGUACGACAAAUCGGCGGGCCCGGCGUUAAGGUCGAAGUGGGCGUGAUAUCGUUGGGUACCACGUCGCAGGACGGCAACCAAAGGCAGGUGAAAGUCGAGGUACUCGGCGUACUCGAAUCGGAAUCGAAAUUGAUUCGAUUGAGGGCGGUGGAACCGCAAGCGGACGGCGAUCGAAACUACAAGAAGAGAUUUUCGAAGAUAUUGGAACCGAUCGCUCGAUGGGUGCACCCGCAAAGCAUCCUCGUAGCCGAUUUGACUGUAGACAAACAAACGUUGAUUAACAUGGGAUUCUUGAACGUGGUGCAAUACUCGUCGAGCCAAUACGGCAGUAACAAUCAAAUCAUGGAGUAUUUGAGGCGGAUCGUACCGAGGAUGUUUCAAAAUACUCUAUCGCUUCUAUCUAGGCAAAUUAUCCAACAAUUUUUAGACGAGCUGGUGUGGCGCGAAUGGUUCGGCACUUCUUCUUUACAAGCCUUCGAUAACAUCGUGACGCAUUUGGCGGAGCAGACGCGCGUCGAAAGCGGCCAAUCGUUGAUCAUGCGAUUGAGCAAAGUGGCCCAAAAUCCGUUCAAAUGUUGGUCGGUGAAUCUCGCCGACAGUUCGAUCGACAACGCCAAUUCGUCGACGACCAACAAGAAGCCGAGGAACGCCCGAAAGGCGGAUGGGUCGAAUAAAAGUACUACCCAAGCCCAAGCGCAGGAAGCUCGACCGCCCAAGAGCACUUCGCCCGAUGUUCCCGAGCAGAUGGUACCUUUGGAGAAUUACUAUUACGGUACUAUCGAUACGUAUUCGAAAACUCCGAAGGUGACGUUGAACAUCAAAUGUCCCUUUUGCAAGUCGACGUUUAAUAAUAAUAUACAAUUGAUGAAUCAUUUGUUUAAACAUGCUAAUAAUGUUUCAAUGGACGCGCAGCUCUGUCGCUAUUGCUUGACCAGCGUUGGUACAGCUAAUGAUCUACUCAAGCAUAUCGCUUCUUCGCAUCCGGCCGAAACGAAAUUCGACAACGGCUUCUGCUGUCUGAUAUGCGAAACGCACUACAUCAAUCCGUUCGUGCUGGGCAGGCACAUGUCGAAGGAGCACUGUCCCAGCGAAUUGCCCUAUUUGUGCGGCUCGUGCAACUACCGGUGCUCCAAUCACAAGCAGGCCAUCGAUCACUUCUACAAACGCCACGACAACGGCCCCACCAUACAAUGUCCGUUCUGUCUCAAAUCCACCACCGUGUUUACGGCCAGCCGGAACAUCGUGCAAAACAUGAACUACUUCAUACAACAUUUACAGAAACACCAGAAGAAGCAGUUCGCCCGGCGUUGCGGCAAGUGCAACCUGUGGUUCGUGCAAAAGGACGUGCUGAAAGAUCACCAGACGAAGAUGCACGCCUCGCAAAGGGGCAAGGCGGGUUUGGUGCCUUGGACGGCGCCCCGUAACGGCGUCAUGGUGCCCAAAUCCAAGAUGGACAAGUAUCCGGUCAACGCGGAAGUGAUUAAUUUCGCCACGUUGAAGUUCGAUCUGGGCAAGAGUUUGGUGUGCAAGGAGUGCAACACGCCGAUGGAUACGCCCAAGCACUUUCCAUCGUUCGAGAGCUGCCAGAAUCCGAAUUGCCAAUAUUCGACUUGCUGCACGAACGCCAUGAUGGAGCACAAUUCGAAAUGCAGCAAACAAACUAAUCCGAUGCACGAUCAGAAGUUACCGUUCGAGAUGCAUUGCAUAUGCGGAUUCAGCAACAAAGACGGUAACCAAAUGGCGAGGCAUUUGGCGUUGUGCGAACGGAAAUCCGCCUAUCCUUCGAAAGGGGAAGCCAAAGCGGCGACGGUGACUCACAGCAUGUUGGACGUGCUGGGGUUGGUGCGAAAGGCCGAAGGCAAGCCGAAGAUGAAGAGGAAACGCGACGAUAAAAUCGAGGAAACGGAAGAGACGGACGACAAACGGGAGGACGAGAAGGAAUCGGAAGAGGAAUCGGACGAGAAACACCGCGAUAAUUCGGAGGAGAACGCGACGGGGAAGAGCGUAGAUGGCGAAUCGGAGCAAAUCGACGAGGAAUCGGAGUGUGUAGACGAGCCGGAGAUGGCGAUGGAUGGGAAGAAGAUCGACGAGGAGGAGAACAAGCUGGAUGGUAUCGAAGAUGCGCCGAUGGAGGAGAGCGAAUUCGUCGAAGCGGAAACUAAGUUAAAAGACGAUAAUAACGUCGAAGAUGAUAAGCUGGAGGAAGUCGAUAAACUAGCGGAAGAUGUGGAUGAGGAAUCGCAACGCAAAGAAAGCGAGGAAGACGUUUUGAUUAACGAUGAAAACGAAGCGAAAAUGAGCGAGAACAAAUCGGAACAAGCGGAAAAAGAUGUCGUACCGAAUCACAUCGAUGCAGCUAUCGAAACGCCUGACAACAAACCGCCUGCCGUUACUUCUGUCGAUGUACAGGAUAUUUUAUCGGACGCGGUGGAGGAUAACGUGGAGGAUAAUGAAGGAACUGUGGUGGAAGAUGGAAAGCGAGAGGAUGAGGUGGAGACGAUCGCGCCUAGUGAAAGUAAAGAGGAGACGCCGAUGGAGACUGAUUAAGAUUUUAGAAAAGAUGUCUGGAUUGUUUGAUGAGCGAUGUCCGGAACGAGCCGGAGCCGCGCAUUAGCGAAUUGAUAUCAGCGUUUUGUGAAUCAGCCAUUAAAAGAAUGUUUAUUUUGAUCCGUUUUGUUCUAUGAUUUUUAGGCUGUGAGUGUUUAUUUGGCUCGGCUCUUUUGCACAACAACAAAAAUAACGCAAUUGUAUGAUUAUAGUACGGUAAAUUUGUUAAGUGAGAAUCGCAAAACUGUAUUUCGUGUACUUUUAUUUUAUUUCUCCCUUCUCUGUACAUAUUAGUCGUUAAGGUACUUUUUUUUUGUAUAAAAGUGCAGUUCUAUAGAAUGUAUCCGUUUCGCAAAGACUCGAAAUAUUAGAAUAGAUGGAAUUUAUUUAAAAUAAUACGAAGUUAUACGUUCGAUCCUUGUUUAUAUUUUUUAUAUAUUUAGGUAAACGUUUUUUAAUUAGCGAAUGUCCGAAAUUUGUGUUGCACUAAAUUGUAUGGUUUAAUACAUUCGUUUUCUUUGCAUCGCCGAUUUAUUUAUGAACUA